GGAAGCUCAAGCUCAACUUGUGCCUUCUAUCAUUAUCUUUUGCUUUGAACUAACUCAUCUUAAUCUCGCGAUUGUCUUGAUCAUUCUUUUAAACUUAUCACCUUUUGGAUUUCUUCACACAACUGUUCUUCCAGCUUGGAUAGUUAUAUACUCCAUCUACUUUCAUAACCAACACUCUUCUUUGUGUUUUCCACAGUUCAACCUCAAUGUGUCACUCUUUUUUCAAAAAUGUCUCUGCAAGGCAUUUGUUGAUUGUUUAUCUCGCAAGUUCUGCCCUUGUACUCGUAGGGGCGCGGACACGAGUCGUUUCCAGACGAGAGCUUUCCUUCGUCUCGUUUGAGUCACGUUUGUCUGUUGACUUGGAAUCGCGUCAAUCCUCUCAGACUUCAGAAAAACAUACUAGCAUAGUGGUCUUCGGCGCUAGUUGGGCUGAUAAUGCCCACCCUCGGCCUGACAAAUACAAGGGGACAUUCAGAGAUCCCCCUUAUUAUAAGGGAAGGUACUCUAAUGGGAUAAUUUGGGCGGAGUACUUGGCACAAAGUCUUCUCACUGGUCGAAACAUUCCACUCCUAGAUUACGCUUACGGUGGGGCAGUAGCUAGCAACACCUUGACCUAUACUGACAAACCCGAUACCAACACACAAUCAGAUACAUAUAUCUCCGAUGUUCGUAAUGGAAAAAUUAAUCGAGGAGCCGGUCCUGUCUUACAUUUCUGGUGGAUUGGACUUAAUCAAAUUACUCAAAUAUGGACUGAUGCUAUCAAGGCUGACCCUACUGCACGCCAGCCUGACGUUGUGGCUAAGGCUCAUAGUCAAGUGCAGGAUAAUGUCGCCGAACUCAAACGUCAAGUCGUCAAAGUGAUGCAAGACCCCGCUGUGCAAAGAGCUCCAUGCGACUUUUUCAUAGUCCCUAUUCCCAACAUGGCGGAAGUUCUUACCUUCCAAUUUCAGGCUGUUGACUUAUCCAAGAACGUAACGCAGCUCGCCAAAACAUAUGUGGACUUUAUUGGUGAUCUGAGUUAUGCAUACAACCAGGGUAUUGCUCGAUUUGUAUCUGAGAUGCAAACGACAUAUGGAUCUCCAACAACUCACGGUUGGGUCAGAACAAUGGACUUUGAAAGCUUUUGGAAAAGUGCCAUUGACGAUCCAAGAAAAUAUCAACUGGAAGUUUCGGACAAGGCAUGUCUACAGAGUGUUAAUGGAACCCAAGUUGUAUGUGCUAAUCCAGAAAAAUAUGUAUUUUGGGACUCACUUCAUCCAACCACAGCAAUGCACAAACUCAUCGCGGCUAAUCUGGUCCCCGCCAUCAAUGUCGCCAGACUCUUAUUUUGAUGAUCGAAGAAACCAGAAGAUAUGAUCACGCGGCUUGAACGAAACAUCAGACGAUGAGGAUCCUGAACCACAUCUCAACGUCAGUUUCAAGAGGAGUAAACAAGAACAAGCAAACAGGAAUCAUUGCCAAUAUCGUAGACGGCGAUUAUGUUAGACUGCAUGUAAUAGAUGGCAUAUUCAUCGGACUUUUUGAUCUUUUCAUUUUAAUUUAUCUUGAGCGGUUCAGCCAAGGCACGCAGGUUGGUACCGUUGUCUACGGGGUGGAGUAUGAGCAGGUGGAGAAAGCGUACAGGAUACAUAAGGGCUUAACCUUAUGUAUCAGGUCUGAAGAAAGCUUGUGUUUCCAAUACAGGAAAACAUUCAAGCUUUCCAGUACGCGACUUCCACCUCAUAAAGCUCAUACUAUCAAUUUGAUCACAUUCUCAAAUUUCGAAACAGUUUUUUUAUAUAAAAAGGAUUGAUUUAAUUAAUUAAAAAUAUAUCGAACUAGAUCAAAAUGGUUUC